CGGCAGAACCGGGCUGUUGCAGCAUGCAGACGCUGGCGGCCAUGUUUGAGCUGGACCUGCCCACGGUGCACGGCAUCAUCAGCAAGAUGAUCAUCAACGAGGAGCUGAUGGCCUCGCUGGACCAGCCCACGGCCACGGUGAUGAUGCACCGCACCGAGCCCACGGCCACGCAGAACCUGGCGCUGCAGCUGGCCGAGAAACUCGGCAACCUGGUGGAGAACAACGAGCGCGUGCUGGACCAGCGGCAGGGCGCCUACGGCGGCUACUUCAGAGACCAGAAAGAUGGCGGAUACCGCAAGGGCGACGGUUACCUGAGGCGCGGCGGCUUCCGGCAGGAGCGCGGCAACUACUGAGCCUCACCUGCGCCACGGCGGGACCCUCACCUGUCCCAGCGACCCUCACCUGUCCCAGGGAGCCUCACCUGUCCCAGGGAGCCCUCACCUGUCCCAGGG